AUGAACUCUAGUGACUUGCUUUAACAAUUUAACGAUUUCAAAAGAAAGCUUAAAGCAUAAGUUUAAUCAAAUGAAAUUACAAAAAGUCCAUAAAAUAAUAAAGUAAAAACUUAAACUUCCUCUCAAAAGAUUAAUUCUACCAUAAAGACAAAAAUUAAUCUCACUAAACAUUAAAAUAAAAUCUAAGAUAGAUGUAAUACAAACUUAGGAAAUACUAAUAGUAAUCAUAUUUAAUCCCCUAAAAAUAAUCUUCAAUUAUAAUGUAUCACUCAUGAAAAUAUAUGUACUCAAUAAUAAAAUACUCAAUCCUUUUAAUCUUCUAAUUCCCCUAAUAAAAAAGAAACUAUGGUUUAUAAACUUUUGAAUUAAGAAUAAUUACAUAAAUUUUAUUCCACUUUUCAAUCGAUAUCAGAAGAUGAAGUAAAGUAAUUACCAAAUGAAUAUAAAUAACUUCUAAAAUAAUUGGCAAAUUUUGUAAAUGAAAAACUCCUAUAGUGA